ACUCUGAUAUUUUGCAGACCGGCCAACGAAACUUGUUUCCACGCAUUUGCAUUCGACGCAAAUCUAUAUUUAAUUCAAGUACGUGCAAAGAAUUCCGUCGCGGUGGCGUGCUCGGGACUUACCCGAAAUUUGAGGGUAAACUACCUAUUGCGAUUAACUGACGUCAUACCCUCCUCCCAUUUUUUUGUUUUGUUGCACCAGUUUGCGACGUUCGUGUCUGCUGUCCAUUCACCCUUGACAUUAUCGCUCCAAGGGUGGUUGCAAUCGAAAUUUGCAACGCAAACCCACACUCCUUUGAUUCAUAAUUUUUUUAAAGAAAAAACCGUGGAAUUUUACAGUAGCGAAAGCUAAUAUUUAUUGUUUUAACAAGUUACUAAGUAAUUUACUCAAGUGUAAUCAAUGUUUACCGGAAUUUUAAUUCCUGAAAUUUGUGAGAAAUCGAGAUGAUAAAAAUGUGUUCAACACAUGGCUAUUGUUUGAAGGCCGAUGAUAAAUAUUAUUGCAGGAUUUACUACCGAUUUUGCAGUCUUGCAAUAAAGGUCGCGACUAUUGUGCUUGUUUAUGACCGCAGUGGUUGGCAUUAGAGUCCUCUUGUAAUUUUGGUAAUUUAAGGCAAUUUAGAUAAUAAUACGCGCUAUCAGUCGUGACGUCACCUCCCCACUCUUAUUACGGUAGGUCAGUUGCUCAAAGCUAAACAACCAGUCUUUUACAUGUGGUGUAAUACGUUUUUCGGUUUUUUGGUUGUGUUUGUGCGUUAAUAACGUGUCAAAUAGCUGCAGCGGGUGUAAUUUGUGCCACUAGAGACUUUAAUUUAAUUUAGAAGUGACUUUUUGUGAAAAUACGAACUUUAUAAAAGAAUACAGGGAACCACGUUGUCGGUGAGAAAUGGCAGAAAAGCACAUUGUUAAGUUUCACUUUAUUGCGAAAUUUUUUGGGGACGGUAAUCGCUUUUUAGUUCGGGGAGAAAAUGCUUUUACCAGCGGUCACGUCACCAAAUUUAGGUUUGAUGGCACAGUACAACCGAUGAGAAUUUCUGCAGAAGUUCUACCGAGCAUGAAAAAGCUAAAUUAUACUGUGGAGAUUUCAUAUGACCUAGAAGAAGGGGUUAAGACGGCACAUUGUACCUGCCCAAGGGGCAACGUGGCUUGCCAUCAUAUGGCUGCAGCAUUAUAUUAUGCUCAUUAUAAUGUAAGUGCUACUGACAUUGAGUGUCAGUGGAGUGCCCCAUCAAAAACAACACCACAAACAGAAGUCAUUAAGUUAGCUGAUGUUUACAAGCCGAAAUUAUCAAACUAUACGGCACUGUCUAGGUCCUCUACUGAGGACGAAAUUAUUCAGUUCCGUGCCGAAAUAGGCGUCACGAAUGUGGUGGGCUUCACUUGGCUCCUAAGACCAGAAGCAAGUGAAGAAGCCAGAAAAAUUAUUGCAGAUAUCGAAGAAAUUCUACAAAGCUUAGAAUACGUGCAGGCCAUAGACAAACAAAAGUUUCUUUUGGAGAAGUGCAGAAUAGAUGAGGCACGCAUUAAACUGGUUGAGGCGUGCACUCGGGGCCAACAUGUUAACGAAAAUUGGCAUGUAGCAAGGAAACAUCGUUUAACGGCCAGCAGGUUUGGCAUGGUACUAUCUGCUUGCAGUAGACGAAGAUUCCCACCCUCUUUAUUUAAAAAUUUGGCGGAAGGCUAUUCGCUUGACAGGGUUGCUGCUGUGCAGUGGGGUAAGACCCACGAGAAGACAGCGCUCAGAGAAUUUGAAGAAGCGACGAAUCUUAAAGUCCAAGAGACGGGAUUUUGGUUGGAAGAAUCAGGCUUUUUGGGAGCAAGUCCUGAUGGAUUAGUGGAAGAAGAUGGGAUUCUCGAAAUUAAAUGCCCAUAUAAAUAUAGGGACACUGACAGUUUGUCUGAAGCCCUGAAGGAUAAAAAAUAUUUUUAUUGGAGGGAUGAAAAUGAGGACAUUAAUCUUAACAGCAAUCACAAUUAUUACCACCAAGUACAGGGGCAAAUGCACAUCACUGGUCGAAGUAUCUGCUACUUUGUCGUGUGGACACCAAAGUGCACAGAGAUAUUUCAAAUUGAAAAAGAUCCGGGGUGGUCAGAAAAUAUCAAUAUUUUAAAAGAAUUUUAUCUUGACCAAUAUAUUUCCUUUAUUUCACAAUAAUAAACUGUAUAUAAAUA